UGGAUGAUUGGAGAGACGAUGGCUUGGCCUCUCCGCUGUCCAACUCAAGCACCGUCAAGGGUCAAAUGGAGCGCUGCCGACAAGGCUGAUUCCAGCAGGUUUGGUCGCCCGGUGCAGCCAGAGUGGGUUAGACAGGGUCUUGUUGAUUGUGAGGGUAGUCGGGAUGUCAGGGUUUGGUAUAUCACGGGAGUGUAGAUGGGCUGAUGCUGCAUGGAAUUCUCUUCCACUUUCUCCAAGAACAAGCCUCGUUCAGUUUCCAAGUGCAGGAUCAGCCACAAUCUGACGUGGGCCGCGGGCAGAAUAUAACCCCCGCCGUUCCUGGCCCGUCUGAUGCUUCUUAUCUCCCCUAAUCUUGAACUCCUUUCGGUACUCCUCGACUCUCUGCUCACAUUCUGUCUGCAACUAUGGAUCCAUCGGAGUACGGAUUCCCACUAGUGACCGGUCAGCACGACAGGCCGGCAUUCAGCCAAGCACCUCCUCCCUACACGGCAUCCAAUGAGUCCGGCGAGGAUGCCUUUUCCGCGCAUCACGGCUUCUCUAGUGCACCCAGUCGAUUCCCUGCAACGCUGAACGGCUACUUUCAGUGGAAGUUCACCUCCACCUUCCAUCUGGGCCCGAGUGGCGACGACAAGCGGUUCGCCGUCUCCACGCAGACCCCCUUCCUGCGCAGCAAGCAGACCACGAUCCUGCACGCCGGCCCCUCGGACCAGGACCCGCCCUUGGCCUGCGUCGAGGGCGACCAAUCGAUGCGCGACCGAGCAUGUCCGAUCACGAUCGCCGGUCAGCCGCCGGGGAUCGAGGCUCUGCACCACGCGACGCCGUACACGCGCACGCCGCCCACCUUCGCCGUCGACGUCCGGGGGCCCGAGAAGCGGCCGCAGCGCGAGCAGUUCGAAUGGCGCACCAGUCGCGGCAACGAGGUCCGCCAGCUGACGGGCCACUCGGUCUCCGGCUGGAAGCUGGUGCGCCUGGCACGAACCGUGGGACCCGGCGGCGACCAUCGCCCGCAUCGCGCGUUCGGCUGUGCCAGCGACGGGCGGGAAGUGGUGGCGGUUCUGGCGCGCAACGUGUCGGCCAGCAUGACGAAGGCGCUGAAGUUUCAGUUUCUGGGCAGCGGGCUGGACGGCAGCAUGGGCGAGACGUGGGAGAUCAUGGCGGUCAUAACAGCCUUGCAGCUGUGGUAUUACGACAUGCUGAGUGCCACGAUGGCCUCGACGACAGCUGCCGUGUCGACAUAAAGGGCGGAACCGACGGUGACGGGGUAUGUUCCAGGUCGACUCCGGCCACUUUGGUUAUUUGGGUUGGGGUGGUGUUGGUUACGAGCUGCAGGGGAUGCAGGCAGUCUGAGUGAGCGAGGCAGACGGAUGUCUUGGUGUAUCGCCAUCUGUCCUUCACGACUAUCUUUAACCCUUCAGACAGUACACACACUAGAGUGCACAAUCGACGAGAG